CUGCGCGCAUCUUUCACCUGCCAAUUGCACAAGGAAGGAUCGAUACCUCCAUGCACUCUCGGCAUCGGACGCAUGAGAAACCGUAACGCAUCAAGUUCUGACACGUUGUGCGCUUGCGUCUCGUCAAUGUGUGCCUCGGGCUUAGAAGCCAGCCGCUUCUGUCUGACGAUCACCAUGCACUCCGACUGUGGAUCCCACCACAUGCACAGUGAAAAAUUGUUCUUCGCUCAGGGAUCGACUGGUAUUGGAGGCCCUUGGCUCCGAUGUGCGGCUAGUCAGGACCAAUGUCCCUCUCAUUGUUCAUCAGCCACUACCACCAUAAGACUUGACACCUCGUUUCGGACAGCCCAUAUCACGUCUCUCCACACCUGAAGUCACCACGAUGGUUGAUAAUCUUUUUCCCUUUCCCGCACCAUGUGUUUCCCGCAGGUAUCGGCUUCGCGUUUCUGAGAUGGAUGCCACGGUGUCUAUGCAUAUCAAGAGUGAGAGGCGGUGAUAGUGACAGCGGUCCGUCGAGUAUGGAGGAUCGGCCAUUGUCAAACGUUCAUUGACAGACCCCGCUCCUGAGGGGAAUCGGGUGCACUGUGUUACUGUAACAAGUUGUGGGUCGCACUGCAAGUCUGUGACCCAGCAGUGGUCACUCAUGCUGCUCUUCAUACUUUGUCUCAGAACCACGUAUCUCGAGCACGAAACACGUCAAGCAGAUGACACCGUUUCAGGCCGCCCGUGAAGCAUAUGGAUCGCUC